AUGCUCUGUCCCGGCGCGGUGGCAACUCGCAGCCGCACCUGGUCACCGUCGCCACCGGCGGCGAUGUGCAAGCCCAGGGCCGGCUCCGACGCGUUGGCGUCGCGGCCCGCGGUCACCCCUUCUUCCCGCCGCUCCUCCUCGUCCGCCUCCGCCAAGCGCCGCCCCGCUGCGACUGGGGUCUCCUCUUCCUCCCCCUCCACGUCGUACUCGGGGGCAGGCCCGUCCCCGUCCGGCGCCGGCACUGCCACGGGCACGGGCACGGCCAGCGCGCAGCGGCGCGGCGCCACCUCGUCGUCCUCCAGCUCCUCCGCGUCCUCCGGCCGCACCUCCCUCGCCGCGGCGCGCGCCGCGCUCCCGGACCCACCUGUCCUCUACCCGUUCCAGGAGCUCGCCGCCGCUACCAACAGCUUCCUCGCCAAGCGCGCAGGGGGUGCCUCCUCCUCCUCCGCCUACUGGCGCUGCUCCCUCCGCGGCCGUGACGCGGCCCUUUUCCAGCUCCAGCGCCGCCCCGGCGCGGCGGCCGUGGACGCCGCCGCGCUAGCCAGGAUCGGCAGGUACCACCACACCAGCCUCGCGCGGCUGCUGGGCGCGUGUCCCGCGGGCGCCCACCUCUACCUCGCCUACGAGCUCCCGCCGGGCGCCGCCACGCUGGCGGCGUGCCUCCGCAGCCCGCGCAACCCGAGCUUCACGGCCCUCCGCACCUGGGUCUCCCGCGUCCAGGUCGCCGCCGACGUCGCGCAGGGGCUCGAGUACGUCCACCACCACGCGGGCGCCGUGCACGGCCGCGUCUCGGCCUCCGCCGUGAUCGUGUCCGACCCGGGCCUCCGCGCUCGGCUCACCCACUUCGGCGCGGCCGAAUUCGGGGCCCCCGCGGACGCCCGUGAGGUCGGCGACUCCCCCUACGCGGCCCCGGGCACGAGCGAGCCGUCGCGUGAGGCGGACGUAUACGCCUUCGGGGUGCUGCUGCUGGAGUUGCUCUCCGGGGAGGAGCCGGCGAGGUACCGCUUCGACAGGGGCACCAAGGAGUUCCAGCGGGUGUCGGUCCUCGAGACGGCCGCUGCGGCGGCGGUGGAAGGCGGCGUGAGGAAUUGGGUGGACAGGAGGCUGGGGGACUCGUUCCCAGUGUCGGCCGCGGAGAGGCUGGUGGAGGUGGCGCUCCGGUGCGCAGCGAGGGAGGAUCGGCCGGACAUGACGUGGGUCGCGGGGAAGGUGUCCAAGGUGUAUCUGGAGUCUCGGGUGUGGCAGCAGAAGCUUCAAGUGCCCACCGAAUUCUCCGUGUCGGUGGCGCCACGGUGA